GAAAGACAUCCACGAAUUAAGAAAAGAUUAAGACAACCUAAAAAUCCAAGGACUUAUAAUUGUACUAACUUUAUCUUUUUGGUAAAUACCUCUACUAUGAAGAUGCUGAAUGUAGACUUACUAGUUUUAAGUUUCUGCCUCGGUCUGGGGACAGGAUACAGUGCUGUUGCUAAGAGACAAUAUCAGAUCCAAAACGGGCCGUGCAGCUACACCUUUCUGCUGCCCGAGCAGGAAAACUGCCAAACCCAGAGCAGCAACUAUGAAGUUCAAAAAGAUGGACCUGAGGACGACGAGGAGUCGGCUCAGAGGCUGGAACAACUGGAGAUCAUCAUGGAGAACAACACACAGUGGCUGCUUAAGCUGGAGAACUACAUACAGGACAGCAUGAAGCAAGACAUGGUCCAUCUCCAACAGACCGCUGUACACAACCACACAGCUACGAUGAUUGAAAUUGGAACAAACCUGCUGAGUCAAACCGCAGAGCAAACGAGGAAACUGACCAAUGUGGAGGCACAGGUAAUUCAUCAUUCAACUCGACUUGAGCGUAAACUGCUAGAAAAUUCCUUGUCAACCAACAAGUUGGAAAAACAACUGAUUGUCCAAACGAAUGACAUCAGCAAGCUGAAUGACAAAAACAGCUUUUUGGAGAAAAAGGUUGAUGAGAUGGAGGAGCAGAGGCAGGUGGAGCUGAAGAUGCUUCGAGGUGAAAAAGAACAGCUUCAGGCUCUUAUACUAAGGCAGACGGCCAUCAUCGGUCAGUUGGAGCUGCAGCUGCUCAAAGUCUCCUCCAACAACACUGUACUGCAGCGUCAGCAGCAGGAGCUACUGGACACCGUGAACAACCUCAUUCACACCAUCUCUGUCAGCUCAGCUCGAGCGAGCAAAACUGUCAUGAUGCAGGACACUCCUACCACCUUCAUGGACUGUGCUGCUGUCUUCAAGUCAGGAAACACCCAAAGUGGAGUCUACACUCUCACAUUACCCAACACUACAACAGAGGUUAAGGCUUUCUGUGACAUGGAAACAGAAGGAGGUGGGUGGACCGUUCUACAGAAACGCUUUGACGGUCAUGUUGACUUUCACCGAACGUGGCAAGAGUACAGAAAGGGUUUCGGAGAACCUUCAGGUGAAUUCUGGUUAGGAAAUGAGUUUGUCUCCAGACUGACGAUUCAACAGUCCUACAAACUAAGGAUCCAGCUGAGUGACUGGGAAGGAAACUCUGGAUUCUCACAAUACGACCAGUUUUCCCUCGAAGGAGAAGCACAAAAUUACAGGAUACACCUUAAAGGCUUCAGUGGAACAGCAGGCAAAAUAAGCAGCAUCGGGCAGCCAGGAAGUGAUUUCAGUACAAAGGAUGCAGACAACGACAAAUGUGUUUGCAAAUGUUCACAACUGACAACAGGGGGUUGGUGGUUUGAUGCCUGUGGUCCGUCCAAUUUGAACGGGAUGUAUUACCAGCAAGGCCAAAACUCAAAUCGCUUCAAUGGAAUCAAAUGGUACUACUGGAAAGGCUCAGGCUACUCACUGAAGUCCACUACGAUGAUGAUCAGACCAGCAGACUUCUCAGGUUCCCUUUGAACUGUCACUCUCAGAAUAAACAAAGUGGGGAAGAAAUUCUGCCCGACAGACAGCGAUAAACAACAAAAUAAAAAAUAUCAAGUGAACCAAAGCACUUCACGAACAUAUUUUACAUUACUUUGGAAAGACAUAUUUUGUGCGUUUUAUGUGUUUAGUUAUUUGAAUAAAAUGGGUUUUUGCAAAGAAAUUGUUACAUAUGGACUGUCAGAAUGACAAAUAUCUAUGUUGAAAAUAUUUAUGACUGUGGGAUGUAUAGAGUACUAUAGGUAUAGUAAUAACAUUUGGAAAUAACAUCUAAAAUAACAUUUAAUCAGAAGAUUAUAAUGUGACAUUAACUCAAUUUCUUUAAGACUUUAGUUUAGUUCAAUCAUCCAUGUUUUGAAUAAAAGCUGCCUAUGUCAUUGCAAAAAAAGGAGACUAUGGUACAACAUGCAGAAAACAACUUGCUCAAAGUGAUUAUGUUUUUGUUAAAUGCCUAAAAUGAAAAUGUAAAAGAAUGCCACAGAAAAAUGUUUCUCUAAAGAUAAUAUUGUUUUUCUCCCGAGAAUGUAUGUAAAUUUGUUGUUUAAUUUAUAUGUAGAUUUUCUAAGUUUGAUAUUUAACAUUAUAUAUGAAGGAAAUUCAAGUCCUAGCUAGUUAACGAUUUCAUUGCACAUACAUACUAGGAUGAAUUAUUUUAAUAUAACUCUGCAGUACCUUUCCACAUGCUCAUACAUGACUGAUCUUUUUGCAGUACUUUAGGAAUGUAUUUCUUUAUUUAUGUUAUGUUUCUGUUGAUGAUACAAAAAGCAAGGUUUAUGAUAAAUCUGUAAGAAUCAGGAAGCUAUAGUUCACACUGGCUUGCUACAAUGUUUUUCUGUAAUGCUCGACCAGCUGUUUUUGUACCUGCAACUGCAACUGAAUAUUAAACACAACCACAAGGGAGAGAGCUUAAGAGGUAAAACUCAACUCUAAAGUCCUCUUACAGUCUUGUUCUACAUUAUUGCAAUGCAAAGUCUGGUGAAUGCCCAAUUGCCAAAGCACCACAUCUUUUUAAACAAUGU